GCGCGCGCACCAACCAACCGCACCCUCCGAGCAUCGAGAGGAGACGGAAUCAGUCGCACUCAAUGGCAAGGCUCCUCACACGCACCAUCCGAAAACCACAGGGUAACCAGACGCUUUGACUUCUCCCGUGUGAUCGCGAUCACCCUGUGCCGCGCCACCUGCCGUAGGACAAUUCGCAUAUCAUCUCCCAUCGCCGCGUCGUCCCAGGUCGUGUCCAUCGAUCGUCUCCCGCUGCCCUUGGCUGCUCCUCCGUUUAUGCGUUUCUUGAUGUUCCGGGAGCAGCGGCUGCUGCUGCUUCUUGUGGCGGCCCUGGUGAUCAGCGCCCUCGCUUGCUCGCCGGAGGCCGCACUGCAGGUCGGCUUCUACCGCGCGACGUGCCCGAUCGCGGAGGACGUCGUCCUCGCGGAGAUGAAGCUCAUCCUGAUGGAAGACUCGACGCUCUUGCCGUCUCUGCUCCGGAUGCACUACCAUGACUGCUUCGUUCAGGGCUGCGAUGGAUCGAUCAUGCUCAAGUCGAGGAAGAGGAAGGCGGAGCGGGACGCGCUCCCCAACCACAGCAUGAGAGGGUACGACGCCAUCGAGAGGAUCAAGGCCCAGCUCGAGACCAUCUGCCCGCUCACCGUCUCCUGCGCCGACAUCAUCGCCAUCGCGGCAAGGGAUGCCGUCUACUUGAGCCAUGGGCCGUGGUACGAGGUGGAGACCGGGCGGCGGGACGGUAACGUCACCGUGGCCGAGUACGCCGAGAACGACCUUGCGCCGCCGGACUCCAACAUCGUCGACGUGAAGACCUUCUUCAGCGUCAAGUCGCUCAACUCCAAGGACAUCGCCGUCCUCUUCGGGUGUCACAGCAUCGGGACCUCCCACUGCGGGUCGAUCCGGCAGCGGCUCUACAACUUCACCGGCAAAAUGGAUCAGGACCCGUCGCUGGACCCUGCCUACGCGGCGCAGCUCAGGAAGCUCUGCCCGCCCCCCGGCCCCGGCGAUGCCGACCACGGCGAAGGGAAGACCAAGGUGCCCAUGGACCCUGGCAGCGGAUACAGGUUCGACCUGAGCUACUACCGCCACGUGCUCGCCACGGGCGGGCUGUUCCAGUCCGACGGCAGCCUCCUCAAGGACCCCGUCACCAGGGACUACAUCGAGAAGGUGGCAAACGCGUCGUCGCCGGACGAGUACUACGCGGACUUGGCGGCGGCGAUGGUCAAGAUGGGCCGCACCGACGUGCUCUACGGUGACCUUGGGGAGAUCAGGCCGACGUGUGGCGUUUUUGUCGAUUAGGUUCGGUUGCACAUAUACACCGGUUAAUCUGUAUAAUUUUCUGUUAAUCUGUAUUAUUUAACUGACUUUUAUUCAGAUUUAGACCAUGCUUUUGCUCAGAAGAGGAUGAACUGUAACAGUGUGUGAAUCCAGAAUUCUGUUCUGUUCACAGGUUCGUCAUCGACGAAUGCCAUGCCGAGACCCCAGAGCUAUUUUUUUAUUCUUUUAUACUCCUCUUCAUAGCGUCGAUGGUUUGACGAAGUAUGCGCAUCCAAACUUGUUUGGUCAACCACAAUUUGGUCACCAAAUCUGUCCAGAUCACACGACGGAGUAAUAGUAAAGAUUGCGUCAGCCUUCAUGCAAGCUAACAAAACUUGUCCGAGUGAACAAGAAUGUUUGUUUUAACGGGACAUGA